UCUUUAAGAAGAUGAUCUGUUGCGCAUGCAGGCUGUUGGGCUGGUGUUUUUCCACUCAUGCUGCUGUCUAAUGGUCACCCAUUUUAAGAGACAAAGGUCAGAAAGAAAGCUUAUAAAUUACACGCAGUCUUGCAAUUGUCUUAUUCAACACUGAGCUGUCGCACAAGAGACAAAGGACUGCACCGUGAAAGGAAUAAAAGGAAAUAACAAUACAGUAGGAGCUUGCUUCCCUAUUGCUAAUAGGGCAAGCAUUUAGCUGCUGGAAGAAAGGAAAAGCUGGAGUCAGCUGACAUAGCAGAGCUAUGCUCUGCACCUUCUGCCGAGACUGGAGCAGGCAUUGACAGCAUGUCUCAGAAGGAGAAGCUCCAAUAUCUGAAGGAUUUCCACAAGGACACCCUGAAACCGUCUCCAGGGAAGAGCCCCGGGACCAGGCCUGAGGACGAGGCGGAAGGAAAACAUCCGCAGAGAGAGAAGUGGGCGAGCAAACUCGACUUUGUCCUGUCCGUAGCUGGUGGCUUUGUCGGUUUGGGGAAUGUCUGGCGCUUUCCAUACCUCUGCUAUAAAAAUGGCGGAGGUGCAUUUCUCAUCCCGUACUUCAUUUUCCUGUUUGGUGGAGGUUUGCCUGUGUUUUUCCUGGAGGUGGCCUUAGGUCAGUACACCUCUCAGGGUGGAAUCACUUGCUGGGAAAAGCUUUGCCCCAUCUUUACAGGUAUUGGUUAUGCUUCUAUUGUGAUCGUCUCGUUGCUGAAUGUGUAUUACAUCGUUAUCUUGGCCUGGGGUUUGUACUACCUGCUCCAGUGCUUUCAACCUGAACUGCCUUGGGCCAAGUGCAAUCAGUCCUGGAAUACAGAUAACUGCAUCGAAGACACCCUCCGCAAAAACAAGAGCCAUUUGAUUGCAGCCAACUCCACCAUCAUCACCAACUUCACCUCACCGGUCACUGAAUUCUGGGAACGGAAUGUGCUGAGCAUCUCCAGUGGAAUUGAUGACAUGGGCAUUGUCAAGUGGGACCUUGCCCUGUGUCUCCUGGCUGUCUGGGUCAUCUGUUUCUUUUGCAUUUGGAAGGGAGUCAAAUCUACAGGGAAAGUUGUUUACAUUACUGCAACAUUCCCUUUUGUCAUGCUGAUUGUGCUGUUGAUCCGUGGGGUGACUCUGCCAGGAGCUUCUGAGGGAAUCAAGUUCUAUCUCUAUCCAGACCUCUCCCGCCUGGCAGACCCUGAGGUGUGGAUAGAUGCUGGGACUCAGAUUUUCUUCUCGUAUGCAAUCUGCCUGGGUGCGAUGACAUCACUUGGAAGCUACAACAAAUACAGAUACAACUGCUAUAGGGACUGUUUGCUGCUGGGAGGCCUGAACAGCGGUACCAGUUUUGUGUCUGGCUUCGCAAUAUUUUCCGUCCUGGGCUUCAUGGCACAAGAGCAAGGGGUGGACAUUGCCGAUGUGGCAGAGUCAGGUCCAGGCUUGGCCUUUAUCGCCUACCCUAAAGCAGUGUCGAUGAUGCCACUGCCCACGUUUUGGGCUAUUCUGUUCUUCAUAAUGCUUCUACUGUUGGGCCUCGACAGUCAGUUUGUCGAAGUAGAAGGCCAGAUCACUUCAUUAGUUGAUCUGUACCCAUCCUUCCUAAGGAAGGGUUACCGGCGGGAAAUCUUUAUAGCUGUAGUGUGUUUCCUCAGUUAUAUUGUGGGGCUCGCUAUGGUUACUAAUGGUGGCAUGUAUGUGUUUCAACUUUUUGACUACUAUGCAGCCAGUGGUGUGUGCCUUUUGUGGGUUGCAUUCUUUGAAUGCAUUGCUGUAGCCUGGGUUUAUGGCGUUGAUAAUUUCUAUGAUGCGAUUGAAGACAUGAUUGGUUACCGACCAAAUCCCUGGAUGAAAUGGAGCUGGUCUGUGAUCACCCCUGUCCUUUGUAUGGGUUGCUUUAUCUUCUCCUUGGCCAAAUACACGCCAUUGAGGUACAACAAAGUCUACGAGUAUCCAGAGUGGUCAAUUGGGCUGGGUUGGUUCCUGGCUCUUUCGUCCAUGAUCUGUAUCCCGAUGGUCGUUGUCAUCAAGAUCAUUCAGUCUGAUGGACCUCUCAUUGAGCGUAUUAAAGCUGUUGCUGCUCCAGCCAGAGGAGCGAGCUCGCGGCCUGCUGACUACCAUCCCAAGAGUAAGGAGAGCGAGAUCCUGGAUCCCAACGGGAACAACAGUCUGAUAAAGCCCACCCAUACCAUUGUAGAAACCAUGAUGUGAGUGCUCUCUGUGAGAGGAAUAAAGAUCUGCUUUUCAUGUUAUAUUUGCUAACUGUAGGACCAGGUUUAUAUUGCUAUGUAUCUGCACAAUGAUUUCCUUUCUUUUCUACAGGGGAAAUUACAUAUCGUUUCUGUUGUGUUUUACUAUUUUUUUUUUUUUUUUUUUUUGCUGUAGUUGGAAGCUGAUCUCAUAAUAUGAGGCAGUAUUUUCAAAUAGGCCAUUUUAAAGGCCUGUUUUUUUACCUCCUUUUCUGUAGAUAGUGGAAUGAAAAUGGCCAGGGUAGGGGGACGGCCAUUUCCAGUAUAUGAACUAAAGUGUAUUGUGUUUGAAAGUGACAUUACAAUCUGUGUGUUUUAAGAACGUAAACCUCUUGAAUCAUCAUGUUUUUAUGUUAAAGUGGUAGUAUCCUAUAAUGCAAGAUUAUUUUUGUUGUUUUUAUUGUUUUGUAAAAUACAACUUCCUGUCACCUAAGCCAGCAACACAAUCAACCAAGCAUAUCAUUGGGAGAGAAACAAGUUGUAAAAUCCAGGACACUCAAGUAAGAUCACUGUGCAACAGGCACAUCAAAGCAAGUGCCGACUAGUAGACCCUUUGGGCUAAGCAUACUCCUGACCCCAGUGCAUUCAGAUUUGCACUCUUUGAUUUGUGUUGAGUGCUCUACUGGCUAUGAGGACAGCCACCUGACAACAUAACACCCAUAGCACUUAACCUCAAGCCAGCUCUUUAAACACCACUUAACAACGUGCCCUUCAUAAACAAAAAGGCACUACGUUCCACAAACAUCAUUUAUAUUAACAAUGAAGCAUCAUGAUCUGUUAAGAAUACCUGCAAUUACAACUUCUAGUCUAAGCACACUGCUGGCAUAUAUGUAUAAAAAUUUAAAAAUACAUUUCUUUCUGCAACAUUGCCAAGCUUUAACAUCAACUUGUGUUCACAAACCCCCUAAAAACAAACCAUUUUCUUAUAUAUAUAUAUAUAUAUAUAUAUAUAUAUAUAUAUAUAUAUGAAUGUAAAUAGAAAAUGUAAGUCCCUGAGAAGUCAGUUUCUAAAUGUGGUGUUUUUGUUUGUUAUUAGAAAUACUAAUCAAGGAUGCACUAAUUGGCAUAACUCCAUAUUAUGUUUUCAUUUUAACAAAUAUAAAAGUUUGUUUUUACACUGAGGCAGAGGUUGUAGCUUUUACCAUACUCCUUUAUUUUCAAAUAGUUUUACGUUGAUUGUUUUAUAUACAAACUGGUUAUUUGAUUUUAAAACUUGUAUAUAUGUGUUUUUUAAAAAUCACAUUUGUCUUUUUGUAAAAAAAGCUUUUCAGUCAAGAUAAAGUUAUUGGAUACAAUAAUGUUAAUUGGCUUAAAUGUUACUUUUAUUGUGCAAUACUUUGAUAGAAAAACAGCUUUUGUAAUGAUCAGUAGAACAAUGGCUAUGUCAAUGUUAAGGUAAUAUUGUACACUUUUUUAUUUUUACAAGAAUAAGUAUUGUUGAAGAGUACGAGACUUUAAUAUUGUCAAAGAAACCUGCAAAUUCACAUAAACCAGAUCCGAAAAAAAAAAAAAAAACAUUUCCAUAGUAAUAACAAAGCACGAAAUAUCAUCAGAAAUGCAUCCAGCAAAAUUAAUUAACUACUGAAGAUACCAUUAUUCAUUUUAAAACGGUCAUUUUUUAAAAUAAAUUUUGGACACAAAACUUGAGCAAGGUGCACAUAAGCUUUCUCCUUGCAUUAAACCACUGCAUGGGCUGGAUAAGAUUAUCAAACUCAACUUCAUGCAGAUUUAAUCAAGGAUGGUUUUGUUAACUGCUUUUGUGCAGCUUAUUUGCUCAGUUUCUUAACAGAGUUACAAUAGAAUUAGGCAACUCAGACUACAUGUGUAGGUCUGAGGACUGGCAAUGGCCCAGAAAUCCAAAUACUCUAGUCUCCAAGCCCUGUGUCCUUUAUUACUUGACAACAAAGUGCUGGCGUAAGCCAGUGGGUAUUUGAGUAUUGCUGUAAAUGCAUAUCCAACACAAUACAUUGUGUGUGAUCUGAAAUUAGAUGUGAAACUGUAAAAAGAAAAAUCCACGAAGUUGGAUGUUGACACUACUUUUUGUUAGCCCUUCCACCACCACCACUACUAUCAAGUAAAAUAUCACUUGUUUUCAAAGUAAUUUUUCAAAAGAUGUGAUGUUUUUAAUAACUGAAGUGUGUGCACAUAAUUGAUUUGUUUUUGCAGUUUCACAUUUAACAUGGUCACAUGAUGUGAUUACUGUGAAUGUGUUUUGGUAUUUACCCAGGAUGUCUUUCAAGUGCUUUGCUCAGACACGAUUGAUAGAGCACGUGUCUGUUCUUGGAAACAAAUGCUCUCGGAGCAAUGGGUUAAAAUAGUAAGUGAUGACAUGAAGCAAGGUUAAAGGAAACAGCCCUCAUCAAUCUAUAUGUAAACCAAUCAAAAAUGUUAAGCUACUGAAACGAUCAGACACUUGUGGCCAAUGUCAAUAUUUGCAAUUUGAUUGUAAAAUCAAGCUAUACUGAUUGAACCAUAAUGGUUAUUCUUUUGGUUUGUAUCUGUUUAUUAAAUGAAGUGAAAAGGGAGAUUGCAGUGUCUUUCAGAUGGAGAAAACUGUACCCGAGCACUUAAUCUGAAAUUCCACAGAAAGCUCUCUUCAAAACAGAGACCAAAAAUGACUGUAAUUACACAGUCUCUGCUCUGAGAAGUCAGGGCCAUUGGGAAUUUUUUUUUUUUUUUAAUCCAAUUAUGACACCCUUUGCAGGUGGUGGUGGUUGUUGUUUUUUUUUUUUAGAUUUUAUUGAGGGUCAAUAUAGCACAUAUUGUAAGGAAAACCAACAAUUUGCUGUACAGUUUAACAGCUUUUUACAGAGCUCCUUUAUACAAUGUGGUCAAUUUUCUUGCAGCUUGGUUUUGGUUUGGUUAAGGUUUCAGUCAGGUUUUGGUCCAAGAGGAUCAUUUAAAUAAAUAUAUAUAUAUAUAUAUAUAUAUAUAUAUAUAUAUAUAUAUAUAUAUAUAUAUAUAUAUAUAAAUGUUACUAACUAUGCUAGUGGUUUGCAUAAUUUAUCACUCAAUUGAAUACCAGACGUCAUUUUGGCUUAAACUGAUCAAUAGCAAACAAGACUUGCAGUUUUGUCAGUGAAAGAUAAUUGUAAUGUAAUUGUAGUGUUGAGUCAUAAUUUAGGCUGGAGUGAUGCUGACCUGACAAGAUGUUCCGACUACCCAUUUCCUGUACUGUAAUACCAAACUUAAAUCUGUGGCAAUAUUUCAUAUAACUGUUUUACACUUCAUAGCUUGUGCAUUUUAUUUAACAGUUUUUGCAUUUUUAGAGAAAACACAUAUUUUGGUAAUAUAUUUCUUUGCUUUGAUAGAAGACAUUUGUAAUUUGACAACUUUGUGAGGGGGAUAAUAAAAAAAAAAAAAAAAAACAUACU